AUGUUCUCGGAUUCACUUGGCUGGGGAAGACCCCCCGAAAUGAGAUUGAAACUCUGGACAGUCAUCUAUAUUCUUUCAAUUCUUUUGCAGUACGGUAAAGCACAGGUGAUCUCUCCGGUGAAGGCCAUAAUCUCAAACUCGGUCACCCCAUCAGCUCCAUUAAAUCCUCCUUGUUGGGAGAGACCAAUUGGUUGUGCGAUUUGGUGCCCGAAUGGAUAUCGAAGAUCUCCUUUGAGUACAUGUCUUUGCUCGUGUCUCGCCUCUCCAUGUGCAACGCAUCAGUGCUCGGAUAGAGAGUUCUGUGUCGUUCAAUAUGGCCGUCCGAAAUGCGUGUACCAAGACGAGCAGGGGAAACCGAAAAAGGAAAAACCCCGCGCCGAGUGCCCCCGUUUAAUCAAUGGGCUGUGCGCGUUGAAGUGCGAAACGGAUAAAGACUGCAAUGGCCGCUUGAUUUGUUGUCACAAUGGUUGUGGGAGGGAGUGCGUGGCGCCGAUGGAGUCUCCCUUCCACGCGGCGGCCCCAAUUCCACAAAGCUUUCCAAUCAUCCCCUCCGCUCGUCCACUUCCACCCGGUCGAAUCGGUCAACCAUUGAUCGGCUUUGAGUCUGAGCUCACCUACCUGCAACGAGAUAAUGUGUUCAAAGCGCUACAUCUUAACAUCCACAACGUUUUGCCAGAAGCGGCAAAGGGAAUCCUGGACGUGGAAGUCCAUGAGGAGUCCACCCGCGGGAAUCGUCCGCCACUGUUUGGCCCUAAGCUGAUCAAGAAGCUCGAGGAGCGAGGAGGAUCAGAUUUAGUUUCAAAAUUGAAACGAUUACGUACACCAGCAAAGGACACCCGAGGAGCGUCAUCGGGACAACGACGCAUAGAAGGGGGACCUGCAAGCAAGCGUCUUCGCGCGGAUCGUCAGGAGCGCCAACCCGCACCGAGGACAACCUAUGAAUCUCGUGCCUCUGGAAGAGGAUCAAAGCCGACUCAACUCCUGGAGCCACACAUUGAGAAAUCAAGGGAAAUCCCCGUGCAAACAGUCUUUGCAAAACCGUUUCCCGUCAGAAAUAGUUCAGAAAAGAAAUCCCCAUCCGAUGUGCCACCGGGUGAAUGCCCAUCGGAGACGACUCUUUCCUCAGAAUGUCCUCGAUUUUCUCAAUUUCUCCCCUCUCGUUCCAUUCACUCAUUCUCCAUUUCAUCUUGUUCGAGAGACGCAGAUUGCCCGGCGAAUUUCCGCUGUUGUGCGACGAGUUUGUGCGGCAAUUUAUGCACAGCGCCCACAAAAACAACUGGUUGUCUACACUUGUUGGCAGCUGUUUUGCGAUUACCGUCAAAGCGACUCGCAAACGAUUUUCUGCCCGAAUGUACGCGAAGUGGAGACUUCGAGAAGGUUCAAUGCGAUGAUUUGUCAACUUGCUGGUGUGCUGACUCGCAAAACGGAGCCGAAGUGCCGGGGACGCGACGCCAGAAAUCCCUCAAGUCGCCGCUCAUUUGUUUGUCGCCCCGUUCUUGUGAGAUUUCAUGCAUCAACAAGUGUCCACAUGGUCACAAAAUGACAGCCUCUGGAUGCCCGGUGAAAAACUGUGAAUGCAAGAAUCCGUGUGAUGGAAUACGUUGCCCACUAAGCUGGGAAUCAUGUCAAUUGGUGGAACCGGAUUGUGCAUCUCCUCCUUGUCUUCCAGUGCCGAGAUGCUUGAUCAAUCCUUGCCCCGAGGAUCAACCGAUGACUUUGCCCAAUGGGGUCACCGGUCUUUGCACACAGAGCACUCAAUGUGGGGAUGCUCAUUUCUGUCACCAGAUUGGGUACAAUGGGCUGGGUUUUUGUUGCCCCGGCGCAGCGAGAGGAGUCCGUGAAGGCAAUUGCCCCGCGAGACAACCAAAAACUCGGGAAAAUUGUCGCCAAGAGUGCAUGGUGGAUACGGAUUGUCGAGCUGGGAAGUGUUGUUUCGAUGGUUGUGCCCUGCGAUGUGUCUCGAUGUCAUUUUUGCCUCAUCCAGUCUCACCGAUGAACCCCGUGAGAUCCCUGACGACUACAUUGUCCACCCCAAUAAAGCCCGGUUUCUCGCCGGGAUCCGUUUUUCGGCAUAAUAAAGAGCUCUACACAAGAAACGUUGGCUCCUGUGCUCUCGUCGAGCCAAGCAACUCAACCAGCUGCCCCUCAACUUGUCUCUCCGAUUCCUCUUGUGAAGGAGUGAAACUAUGUUGUGAGACCGAAUGUGGAUCAAGGUGUCAGUAUCCAGACUCUGCGUCACCGUGUGUCCAUCGAUGGUUGACCUCUUCUCUCUAUUCACUUCGAUCCGUUCUCCAAUGUACAUCGGAGGGAUUUUUCGAGCGAAAGCAGUGUGACGAUGACGGUUGCUUUUGUGUGGAUAGGUUGACGGGCGUUGAACAAGCCGGCACACGAGUUACUCAUCACAAAACGCCAACUUGUUUACCGGAUUUAUCCGAAUGUCAAUUGCCUGUGUGCCGAGCCGAGUGCCCUUUUGGAUUCGCUCUAUCAUCAAAUGGAUGUCCUACAUGCGUUUGUGUUGAUCCAUGCCAACAAGUAAAAUGCCCUCAAGGCUCUUUUUGUCAACUGAGUGCUGUGAAGUGCCGGGAGGUGGACACCGAGUGCUCCAAACAACCAAGAUGCAUAGCCAAUGCUUGCCCCCAAGGCGAUCCUUUUGCCACCUCGGCCGGUUUCAUUCAAUCGUGCUCACUCGUCACCGAUUGCCCGCGCCACUUUUGGUGUCAUAAAUUUGGUAUUUCGACGGGUGGAAUUUGUUGUCCCGGUCCUCCACCGAACAUAAAAGCAGGAGCUUGUCCACCCACAUUUCCCAUCAUCAACAUUCAAGAGAACGAGAUUUGCAAGAAACAAUGUUUGACUGAUGAGCACUGCGCACCUAUGCACAAAUGCUGUUACAAUGGGUGCGGAACAUCGUGUACUCAAGCAGCCGCCUCAUUUUCCGAGGUCGAGCUGGAGUCCUCGUUUCAACUCGAGAAACCAGGGCAAUGUCCGGUCGAAGUGCACGAGGCGAAGAAUUGCCCAUCUAUGGCCAUUGAUUUGUGCUUGAGUGACUCGUCGUGCCCGGGCGUUCAGAAAUGUUGCUCGGAUGGGUGCAGAAGGCAUUCUGAAAGCGGCUCUCCAGCAGAUCGGACAAUCAAACGAUGUUCAAUGCGAACUUGG